AUGAGCCUCAAGUCACUCUUCAACCAACUCAAACAGCUCAUCGUCCCCAUCCCACCAGUCAGCAAGCCAAAGCAAACCAAGAAACUGGCAAAGCUCACCAAAGCUCAACAAAAGGAGUAUGUGGCAAUCGAUUGCGAGAUGGUCGGCGUGGGUCCAAAUGGUAGUGUGAGUGCACUAGCACGAGUCAGCAUCGUCGAUUUUCAUGGAAACGUCCUCCUCGAUCAAUACGUCAAACCCACCCAACCAGUCACUCAAUAUCGUACUUGGGUCAGCGGUAUCAGGGCCAAACAUUUAAGACAUGCUAGUGGCUUUAAAGCCGUCACAAAGCAUGUUUCUCGAUUGAUAGACAAGAAGAUCUUGGUUGGACAUGCGAUUCACCACGACUUACGAGCUUUGGCAAUUGACCAUCCUCCAGAACUGAUACGAGAUACCUCAACUUACCAACCUCUAUGGACUUUGGCUAACACCGACCGGUCGCCUAGUCUCAAGAAUCUGGCUAAAUUGGUCUUGGAUUUGAAGAUCCAAAAACGAUCGCAUUGUUCAGUCGAUGAUGCAAAAGCUACCAUGGCCAUCUAUCGAACCCAACAAGAGGACUGGGAAGACGAAUUAUUGAAAUCAAGAAAACAACAAGCAGAUCUACUAUCUCCUGAUCAACAACCAGAUCUCAUCCCCAAACAGCCAUCAUAA